UGUUACCUGUUUGUGUUUCCUCACUUGCAGGUACAUGGCCUUGAUCCCAACACGUGGAAAAAUGUUGAAAUUGUUCACUUAGACAUCGCUGACCGGAGCCAGAUUCACUCAAGGGAUUACAAACUGGAGGAGGAUCCCGCAAUAUUCAAGUCUGUCAAGACAGGUCGUGGGAAACUGGGCCCUAAUUGGAAGAAAGAACUGGCAAAGAGAAGAGAUUGGCCACACAUGUGUGCUUACAAACUGGUGACCGUGAAGUUUAAAUGGUGGGGCCUUCAGAGUAAAGUGGAGAGCUUUAUCCAGAAGCAAGAAAGGCGUUUAUUCACAGUCUUCCACCGGCAGCUGUUCUGUUGGAUGGACAGGUGGAUUGAACUUACCAUGGAUGACAUCCGACGUAUGGAGGAGGAAACUAAGAAAGAGCUGGACGAGAUGAUAUUAAAUGGUCCAGUGAGGGGACUGACAGCUACUGAUGACUAGCACCAGUUUCCUGUUUUUAGCUCUUCUCGAAGACUGCGUCCAAGGCUUCAACACCCCACAGCCAAUGAGAGAAGUCACCGUUCGCCGAGUAAACCAUCCCUGUCACCUCAUUUAUAGGAUGAUUUCUAACCAAACGUCUGGUGUUUCUAGAAGAAAUUGUGAGCAGACAGAGAAAUUUAAAACAGAGCACUAAAUUUAAUCCCAUGCAGAAUAUAUUGAGUGUUAGGGUUUGCUGUGUGCUGUACCUGUUAAUGAUAUACUGUGUGUCUGGACCAAAACCUGAUUGUGGUUAAUAGAUGGUGACCAAUCUGAUCUAUCCCAGCAAGUAGCCAUUAUGUGCUGUCCUGUUAUUUAUCAUUUCCAGUCAUGUCACUAUAACCCACUAAUUGUUAAUUUAUAGAGAAUCAUUAAGUUAUUUGGUUGUCUUAAAGUGCAAUAAGAUGCCCCCAUCUCUCCGGGAGCAUGACUGCAUUCCGUGGUCUCCAAAAGCACAGGAAGAUCAAUGAAGCAAUGAAAUGUGGGGCUGGGAGUCUGGAGGAGUGGGGAAAAGAGUCAAUAUCCUGCUCCCAUUCCCCUCCUUCAGCAGCGAGAGGUCAGAAAAGCUUUGCUCAGCGUGGGUCUACUGAUGUCAAUGAUGGGAAUCCCAACUUGUUUUUACGGGGCAUCUGUCAUUGUGAGAGAGGCUUUAACUCCAUUGAAAGCUGCUCCCUGUUGUAACAGACAUGAGGAUGUGUUAGCCUGUUUGAUCUUAAUCGUGCUGCUGAUAGCUGGAUACAAGUUGCCCAGAGCACAGGAGCUCAUCUCAGGACUGAGAUUCAGUAACAUAUCUCCCUUUUACCGACUCAUUGUUCCCCCACCCCACCUUGUCCCGGUUUAGUUCCCCCUGUGCUGUUUAUUUCAUGAGGGAUUGGCACAUUCUGCAUCCCUCUCUUAAUCAGUAUUCUUCCCCUCUCUCAUAGUCAUCGCAUUUCUUGAAGAAAAUGUCACUUAUUUUUUUUAAUUGUUUCACUCACGCAAUAAUAAAAAAAUUCCAAUAGCA